AUGUCAGAAAAGUACUCAAGACCUGCUCAGCCUCCGCCAACGUAUAACCAGCCGGGUGGUGGACAAUCACCGUUUAACGAGCCUUAUUAUCCGCAGCAAGGUGUCAACUCAUCUGACUACCAUCAACAGCAACGACCAGAUUAUGACCCUGAAUCGCAAUUUCCUCCAGAGAAAAUUGUGGGAUCUGGCAAACCUGAUAAUGCUGAAACGUUUGAUGACUCCUUCAAGGUGAAAAACAAACUCAAUGACUGGCCAUUUACUAUUCUCUUCAUUGCUACUUUAGCAGGCUUUGUCGUCGUUGCUGGAAUUGUUCUCUCAGCUUGGGCCAGUAACUAUUCCACCAGUGGUAGUGGUAUUUAUGAUAGCGGUGCAUCAUUCACUUUGAAUACAAAUACUGUGGUCUUGUUUGCAUUUGUUAUUGUAAUUUCUCUAGUCCUUGCUGUGUUGAUGCUGUGUUUUGCAAGAAUUGCUCCUAAAAGAUUUAUACAAGUUGGAAUUGUGCUAAAUGUGGUAUUAGGUCUUGCCUCUUCCAUUUAUUAUUUAGCCGUGGGCUACUAUUCGGCUGGUGUCGUUUUCUUGGUGUUUACCCUGAUUAGCGCCUACUGCUAUUGGUCAAUGAGAGGUCGUAUUCCAUUUAGUGCAACGGUGCUCACUAUUGUCAUUGAUGUUAUGAAGAGAAAUCCUUCUACUUUGAUGACCUCAUUGAUUGGAAUUAUAGUUUCUGGUGCCUUUGCAGCUCUGUUCAGUGCUACUGUUGUAGCAACUUACAUGAAAUGGACUCCCAGUGAUGAAAAUGGAAACUGUUCCUUCAACGAGGGUUCAACUUCGUGUUCUCGUUCGAAAGUAAUUGGAAUUUUAGUGUUCGUCUUUUUCGCAGGUUACUAUAUUACGGAAGUGAUUGGGAACGUUAUCCAUGUAACCAUUAGCGGAGUGUACGGAUCAUGGUACUAUCUUUCACGUUCUGACCAAGGAAUGCCUAGAUUUCCCGCAUUGGGAGCUUUCAAAAGAGCUAUGACCUGGUCUUUUGGAUCGAUUUGUUUUGGUUCCCUAAUUGUUGCGCUACUGCAGUUAUUGAAAACUAUAAUCCAAAUUUUGAAAAACGAUGCCAUGCAAAAUGGUGAGGGAUGGCAAACAAUUAUCCUGUGUUGCGCAGAUUGCAUUUUAGGACUUAUUGAAUGGGCUGUACGUUACUUCAACCAUUACGCAUACUCAUUUGUUGCACUUUACGGAGAGAGUUACAUGAAGUCUGCUAGAGCCACAUGGGAUCUAUUCAGAGCCAAAGGGUUGGAUGCCCUGGUUAACGAUUGUUUGAUCGGUGCAGGGUUAUCAUUUUUUGCCUUGUUUGUUUCUUACCUUUCGGCCCUAUUUUCUUACCUGUACCUGAGAUAUACCGCUCCUGGAUACAACUCAGAUGGUUCCUUCUAUGCACCAGUUAUUGCAUUCACCUUUGUAAUCGCUUUGCAAAUUGUCAACAUUGCAUCGUCCGUUAUCAGAUCGGGAACUGCAACUUUCUUUGUUUGCUUAGCUAGAGAUCCCGAAGUGUUCCAGAUUUCAUAUCCAGACGAGUUUUCACGCAUUUUUGCCGAUUAUCCUCAGGUGAUGAACAAAGUCGCAGCUAGACAGUAG